ACUAAACUAAUCAACGAUGCAAAUAAAAAUUCAACGAGAUAAAUUAAUAUCUAAUAGAAAUAAAUCUUAAUUAAAGAUUUUGCGUAUAUACGUGAUCGCGAUUCUUCAAAUAAAUAUUUGGAUGGAAAAUUGACCAACAUUGCUUUUUCUACAAAACUUGGUAAAAUUCGAGUACAAUGAGUGUGCAAGGCACUUCUUUAAAUGCGCCGGAGGUACAUAGCAUUUUAAAAUAUGACUGCGUUCGUUUUGAUGAUGAUGCAUCAAAUUUAUACAUCAAGGAUAUUCAGUGCAUCAUCGAAAAGACUCCAGGCCCAGCAGAAAAAGUUACAUUCAGAAAGUUUUUACCAAAACAUUAGGAUGAUUUUGAUAAAAAGAAAUGUUAUCACGUGAAAUGGCAGUGUCAAAAGCCAUGUAAAAUCAAGUCAUAGAUGUGAUCCAUUUUUAAAGGCUAAUAUUCUGUAUCUAGCUGAAUGUUCCAUUUCCAAACUCGGAAGAAGUCCUGCUAGAUUGCCUCAAGUCGAGUUACACAGGGAUGACUGGAAGAAACACACCAAAGUAUAAGAUUCAAUUCACUCUUCACUGCAACCCAAAAGUUACAAAAUAUCUCUAAGAUCGCGCUACCAUUCGUCGCUUGCAACUCUCUCUCUCUCUCUCUCUCUCUCUCUCUCUCUCUCUCUCUCUCUCUCUCUCUCUCUCUCUCUUGGAACAUCAGCACUGCUCCUGCCUCUGAAGAGAUCAACAACCUCCGCAGCGAGCUUGCUGAAGUUAAGAGGAGGCAGGAGCGCUCGGCGAAUAAUGUGGUGGUGAUCUCUGGCCUGGCCUAUACCCAGGAGACAUCAAUGCACUGAGAUGAUCAGGCUUUUCUUGUCCACUUGUUCCCCCUUUCAUGUAAUAGCUGUAACUGAGACCUGGCUAAGUGACAAGAUAUCAUCCAUCCCUUCACUGGAUGGUUACACCUUGCACAGACGGGACAGAAACAGGAACGGUGGAGGUGUGGCCCUCUACAUUCAUCUUUCAUUGACGGCUAGCGUUAUCUCUUAAUCUGACGGUGAAUGAUCAGGCAAGCCAGGAAGAGCACUAACCUCAGGUUACGCCAACACUUGGUGCAAGCACUCCUAUUUCCCAUCAUCGAUUACUGUUCACUGGCUUACUGUGACCUGACACAGGAACUUGACUUGAGGCUGCAGUGGCUUGUCAACACGGGGAUCCGUUAUAUCUACGGUGUAAGGAGGGACGAGCACAUCUCCCCUUAUAGACGUGAGUUGCAAUGGCUCACCACCGCCGGACGUAGGAAAUACUUCAUGGCCUGUUUUCUGAGGAAAAUGUUCAACACCUCCGUACCUAUCUACCUAUUAGCCUAUUUUGAUUUUCACGUCGCGCUCAGGCCUGUAAGGGGUGAGGUGACCCCCCUGGACAUUCCGUCCUUCAGAACGGAGACGCUGAGGAACUCAUUUUUCAUCAGUGCUUCCAGCCUCUGGAAUAGCCUACCAUUUUCGCAACACACUAUCCAUAUCACACUUUAAACAAACAGCUAAAUCAUAUUUCUUUAAAUUGGAAAACACACAAACAUGACACAAACAUACACACCCAUCCAUCUCAUUUAACCACUUUCCAUUUACUCUUCACACUAUCACUUCUUACACAACAAUUGUUGAUCUUAUCUGUAUUUCUACUAUAUUUAAAUAUGUACAACAUAAUGUACAACAAUAAAAA